UUUAUUCUUUCCAUAAUCUUUUCUCUCCUUUCGUCUUCUUUAAUUCACAAACAAACCCUUUUGCAGUCCUUACAUCUUCUUCCUUUUACUCUCACCACAAUCAAACCCUUCAAAUACCUUAAAAAUGGUACCAUUUUUUGCAUAAUUUGAUUGUGUUUUACCCUCAGGUUAUUGAAUCUUGAGUGUUUAGCAGGUGGGAUAUAAGUUGAUAAUAAUGAAGAAGAAGACCGGCGGCGGUGGCGAUUGGCUGAGCACACUUUUGCACUGCGAGUUCUUCCUUUCUUGUAUUGAACAUCAACAACUAAGAAAGAAUGAAAAGAACGUUUUUUGUAUCGACUGUAAUCUCGAUUUUUGCCGGCACUGUGAGGCGGCUCACGGCCUCCAUCGCCGUCUCCAGAUCUGCAAAUAUGUUUAUCAGGAUGUUGUUCGGCUCCAAGACAUGCAAAAACAUCUCGAUUGCUCCAAAAUUCAGACAUAUAAAAUCAAUGGCGAAAAGGCUGUGCACUUGAAUCCUCGCCCUCAAUUGAAAGACGCAAAGCCAUCAACGAAAUCGAAGAUGGGUGCCUCAUGUGAAGCCUGCGGAAGAUAUCUUCAAGACUUGCCGAACCGUUUUUGUUCAAUCGCUUGCAAGGUUUAUGUAGUUUCAGUGAAGCCAAAAGAUGAAAGCCAUAAAAUAAUAUCAAUCCCAAUCCAUGAAUGCAAUGAUCUUUCAUGGAAGAAAAACUACAACAAUUCAGAAAAUAGUUCAAGUGGUAAAGAUUCGUCUCUUUCUUUAACUGAUCCAUCUGAUGAGAGUCAAGGCAUUAUGUUAAAUUCAGGAUUGAAGCCAAGGAAGCAAUUGCACAAGAGAAAAGGCAUCCCUCACAGAGCUCCCUUAUGUUAAAAUCGAAUCAUUUCAUCCUAAAUAUCUCUUUAUUAUUCAUGUUUAAAAUUAAAAAAAAAAACCCAGCUAUAAUAUUUUAUAUAUUAUCAUGAACUCAUUUUAGGAUCUUGUUUUGAUCUUUAAAUUAUCUCUUAAUCAAAAUUUAAAGUUCAAUAAGAAAAGAAUCCUAACAUUAAGAUAAAGGAUUUGCUUUUUGGGUGUAUAGGAAAAGUGGGUUGAUUUGAUUUGAUUAGAUUAUACUUGAUUAUAGUUUUUCUUUUGUAUUAUUGAUUGAAUUAUACAUUUUUCA